AAAUCCUUGUCUCUAAGGAGUUUUAACAAAGUUACUUAGGAAUAAAAUAGUAAAGUCCUUGGGAAUUACCACUGCUAGCAGAAAAAGGGUCUUAAAUAGAUUUUUUUGUUGUUGUUGUUUUAAAGCAUUACCAUACAUAUCUCUGCAUGCUGAAAAUCUGUUUUCAAUCAAGUUUUUAAAUAAACUAGUCUUCUCUGAAUUAUCUGCAAAAAUAGUUUUUAGAAUUGUUUUCAAUUAAUGAAUGAGUGAAUGGUAUAUGUUGGAUUAGUUUUCUAUAAUGAAGAAGCUUUGAAUAAAGUUAAGGCUUUUAGUUGAAGUAAACUGUAGAAUAGCAUCAAUGAACUCUCAGUGCUAUAACCUUUGAUUUCAAAUUAACAUUUUUAGUUUACCCAUAACUUUUUAAAGUAGUUGCAAUUAAUGUGAUUUGUUUCCAGCAAGGCUGAUAAAAACAUAUCUAAAAAUGCUUUAAAUAUUAUACCUUGCCAGGGGCUCAAAUCUUAUCUUUUUCAAGGUGACCUUGCAUUUUAUUUUUCUGGGGACCCCCUCCCACCCACAAAGCUUAUAGUGGUUUACAGCUCUAAUAUGAAGGAGAUCAAUGUGAAUUUUAAUAGGAUAAAAACUUUGUUUGGGGUUACAGGGAAGUAAAAUAAACCCCAACUUUUAACCUAAAGCCAGCAGCUCAGGCUAAGUCUCCAGACCUCCGGGUUUCUGAAAAACACAACCCAAAAAAAAAAAAGAAAAAAAAAACAAAAACAAAAACAAAAAAAAAGGAGCCAAAGUUUCUGAGAAGGCCUGUCUCUAAACGCGAGCGAGGAUCGCGCUGGGCUGGGGACUCAUCAUGCCAGGGCGGCGGUGCGUGUGCCCGGGCGCCGGUCUGCGGCGUUGUGUCCCGGCGGGGCUGCGCGGCCGUGCCGUGCCGAGCGGUGCCGAGCCGGGCCCGGCGGUGCGGCGCGGUGCGGUGUUGGUGCCGGUGGCGGUGCGGGCGCCGAGCGGAGCCGAGCGGAGCCGCGCUCUCCUCCCGCUCGCUUUCUCUUUCCCCCUCUCUCGCUCGCUCCCUCUCCCGCUCGCUCUCCCCCCUCCCUCCCUCGCUCUCUCGCUCUCCCUCUCUCUCUCCUACACUGCCAGCCCCUGAUGUGAUGGCGAAGAAACCCCGUUGACAAGGCACUGCUUUUUCAUGACGAGAACGCAAAUGAGGUCUGGUUGUUCCUGUGUAGGAGCUUCCUUCACUGAAUCCGAAGUUGCCUGUUGGAUAGGAACCUGAGAGAACUGACAGGUUGUCAUGGAUGAUGAUGAUGAUGAAUCCUGUCUCCUUGAUCUUAUUGGGGACCCACAAGCGCUGAAUUAUUUUCUACAUGGACCUAGUAGUAAAUCUAGCAAUGAAGACUUGACUAAUGCAGAGUAUUCUGUAGCCAACUCAAAUUCAAUUUUCGCCAACUCCAAUAACACUGAUCCUAAGUCGUCUGUAAAAGGUGUAAGUGGUCAGCUUGGAGAAGGGCCUAGUGAUGGACUUCAGCUGUCCAGUAGCCUUCAGUUUCUUGAAGAUGAACUUGUGUCUUCUCCUUUACCUGAUCUUACUGAGGAUCAGCCUUUUGAUAUUCUUCAGAAGUCCUUGCAGGAGGCCAAUAUUACUGAACAGACUUUGGCAGAAGAGGCAUAUUUGGAUGCCAGUGUAGGUUCUAGCCAACAGUUUGCACAAGCUCAGCUUCAUCCUUCUUCAUCAGCAUCCUUUACUCAGGCUUCUAAUGUUUCUAAUUACUCAGGUCAGACGUUGCAACCUAUAGGAGUUACUCAAGUGGUACAGCAACCUGUUGGAGCAUCUUUUGCAAGCAAUACAGUCGGUGUGCAACAUGGCUUUAUGCAACACGUUGGAAUUAGUGUUCCUGGCCAGCAUUUGUCUAAUAGCAGCCAGAUUAGUGGUUCUGGGCAGAUACAGCUGAUUGGUUCAUUUAGUAAUCAACCUUCCAUGAUGACCAUCAAUAACCUCGAUGGAUCUCAGAUCAUACUGAAAGGCAAUGGUCAGCAGACACCUGCAAACAUGAGCAGUGGCCUCUUGGUUCAUAGACAAACUCCAAAUGGGAACUCGCUGUUCAGUAACUCAAGUUCAAGUCCAGUAGCACAACCCGUAACUGUUCCAUUUAACAGCACAAAUUUUCAGACUUCAUUGCCUGUCCAUAAUAUCAUCAUUCAAAGGGGUUUGGCGCCAAACUCUAACAAAGUUCCUAUUAAUAUCCAACCAAAGCCUAUUCAGAUGGGUCAGCAGACUGCUUACAAUGUGAAUAACUUGGGAAUACAGCAACAUCAUGUACAGCAAGGGAUUCCAUUUGCUUCUGCAAACUCACCUCAAAGUUCAGUAGUUGGUCCUCAUAUGUCUGUUAAUAUUGUUAAUCAACAGCAAAAUACAAGAAAAUCAGUUACACCUCAGACAGUUAGCAAUGCUGGAGGUAGUAUUGUUAUCCAUUCUCCUAUGGGACAGCCUCCUGCGCCUCAAAACCAGUUUCUCAUACCUACAAGUUUGUCUGUUAAUUCUAAUUCAGUUCAUCAUGUCCAGGCCAUAAAUGGACAACUUCUUCAGACUCAGCCUUCCCAGCUGGUUCCUGGCCAAGUGUCUGCUGAGCAUGUAAUGCUCAACAGGAACUCUACAAACAUGCUAAGAGCCAACCAGUCGUAUUCAGGACAGAUGCUGAAUAAUCAGAACACAGCUGUUCAGCUUGUUUCAGGCCAGACAUUCACAGCUCCUGGAAAUCAAGUUAUAGUAAAUCAUGGAACUUCCCAAAUUGUUGGUGGACAGGUGCCACUGCAGCAGGCGUCGCCAACCGUGUUGCAUUUGUCACCCAGCCAAGCUAACGUUUCUCAAGGCAGAUCGAGUUUUACCACCAUGUCACCUGGGCAGUCCACAGUCUCAAAUAUGUCAGCUUCUAACAGAUUUGCUGCUGCAAGUUCUUCUGGUUCAGUACACCCCAGCCUGGGAGCAUCAGUGCAGUCUGUCGCUUCGGGAGGCAACUUCACAGGUGAUCAGCUGGGCCAGAGCAGAGCUCAAGUUGCUGUCAGUGCAUCGCAUCGUCUUCCAGCAUCCUCCUCCAAGUCUGUCAGCACCUUCAGUCACACCUCUGUGGCAGUAACACAGCAACAGUUUGCCUUUGGUCAGAAAAAAGCUGUGAACCAGACAUCACCAGUUUCUGCAUCGAAGACACAGGACAAUUUAAGACAGCCUCAGCUAACAAGUCUUCUGAGCAACACACUAUCAGGACAGGACUCUGGAGGAAAAAUCAUUCAACAAUCUCUAGGAACAGCACAGCCACAAGAAAAAGUGAUAGGAUCAUCAUCAGUUCAGCAGAGUAUACAGGUGGAUGGUCAUUUAGUUGGACAGAAAAGGCCUGCUGCUAAACAGUUAACUAAAGGAGCUUUUAUUCUGCAACAAUUACAGAAGGAUCAGGUGCAUGCUGUGACACCAGAUAAAAGUCGGUUCAGAUCAUUAAAUGAUGCAGUUCAGAGACUCCUUUCAUACCAUGUGUGCCAGGGAUCGUUGCCAACAGAAGAAGAUUUAAGAAAAGUGGACAAUGAAUUUGAAUCUGUAGCUACACAGCUUCUGAAGAGGACGCAGGCUAUGCUGAACAAAUACAGAUGUUUGCUUAUAGAAGAUGCAAUGCGGAUAAACCCCUCUGCAGAAAUGGUUAUGAUUGAUAGGAUGUUUAACCAGGAGGAAAGAGCAUCUCUGACCCGGGAUAAGCGUCUUGCACUUGUGGAUCCUGAUGGUUAUCAGGCCGAUUUUUGUUGUUCUGCCAAACCAUUUGAGAAAACAGCUGAAGAAGCACAGUCCAGCAAAAGUGACCAUCAAUCUAGCAAAACAUUACCUUCUCGAAGUCAGACUACCAAAACCCAAGCCAGAGACCGACCAAAAUCCAGCUCAGCAGAGUCCACAAAUCACAGUAAACUUCCUCUAGUGCCUAACAACAUUCUGACACCACAAGAAGGAAAAGCUUCCUCUAAAAAAUCUGAGAGCCUCACUAAAGCUUUAAAGUUUGAAAAAGCUAAUUGUUCUUCUGAGAGCCAAUACGUGGCUGUUUCAGAAGAAAGGAUGAGUGGGAAAGAUCUUGCCAAGUCCACUGAGAAUUCUUUGAGUUCUGAAGACUUGUCAAAAAUUGUGUCAAGAGGCAGUCAAGGAACACACAAUAAAAUAUCGAGGAACACAGUUCAGCCUUUCUCAAAGGUAACGUGUAAUAAUUCACUUCAAGACAAAACUCUGAGGAGCUCUCCAAAGAAUGAGGUUUUGCAUCCUGAUAACAGGAAAGGCUCUGGUGAACCCCAGCAAGACUUACUGCUCAGUAAGAGUUUAGAAACUACGUUUAAAAACAUCUUGGAACUUAAAAAAGCUGGGAGGCAGCCACAAAAUGAGGCAGCAAGUAGUGGCUCCGUUGAUUUAGAGUUCCCUAAUUUUUCACCUAUCGCUUCGCAAGAGAACUGCCUGGAAAAAUUUAUUCCAGACCACAGUGAAAGUGUUGUAGAAACUGACUCUAUUUUAGAAGCAGCUGUAAAUAGUAUCUUAGAGUGUUAAUAGUUACAGUACCAUGGACAAGUUAUGUUUCUCUUAGCAGAAGCAAAUGUGAAUGACACCACAAGUACAGCCUGACAUGCAUUUAAGGUUAACCUUUCUAAACUAGAUUCUGUUCUGUGUUUGAGAGCAAUACUCAUUGUGGUUACAGUGAGAUAUCCAAGUAAAGUUAAUCCUUGUUAGAAUGCAGUCUGUUAGGGCCUUACUGUUUCAAGUAUUAUUAUGAUAGUGCUUUUGGUAAUUGAGCAGUACUGCAACAUAACAAGGUUGCAGAUCGUUAGGCCCUAUAUAAUACGGUAUAAUAUACUGACAAUCACAGUCAUUUGAAAGGAUAUAUUUAUUGAGGAAAUGUUUUUAAAGAGUGAUGGAAGCAACAAUUCUCCCUUACCCUUCUCUUCCACAAAUCAUCAAAAUUUUAGUUUUUCUGAAAAACCCACUGUACCUCUAUUCAGAAGUGAUUAUUUGCUUUGUUAAUGAAUCUGAAUUCUUGGAUUCUUAAGUUGGAAGGAAAUCAUCAGUGUGUUUACAAGGCUUCAUAAUUUAAACUUUAAGUGCUUUUCUAUUGCUUUCUGAGCAGAAACUAGUACUUGAUAUAUUUGUAGUGGGUAACUUUAGUCUGUGGGAUGAUAUUAUAUGAUCUUAGUCACAGUGGCAUGAUAUGGAAUAAUAAAUGCUUGACUAAGGAAGGUAGAAUGGAAGCCAGUAAAUAGCAAAGUGUACAGGAUGAGGCCAUGAUAGAGCCAUGAAUUUAUAUAUAUAAUACAUAUAUGUUAUCUCUUGAGGAAAAGAUUUUGCAUUUUAUAAUUGGAUGUAGUCAGCCUUGAGUCUUUCUGAAGUGGUAUAAAUGUUUUUUUUUUUUUAAUUUGUUGUUUGUUUUUUGGUUUUUUUUAGACCAAGUGUCAAAAGCACUUUUAUUUGAAAACUGUAUUUGUAGCUUAUAUUUUAAGAGGAUAUUAGCCUUACUCUGAUUAAAUUUAAAGGCCAGUG